CAAGCGUGGUCCAACUGGCGGUGGCCGGGAGACCUGCACCAGCGCCCACCGUCCUGGCGCACCUACUUUCGAGAGCGGUCCCAGCUGGUGCGCGCAUCACAAUCUGAUGGGAGUGGAGAGUGCACAGUUAUGCCGUACCGGGUCUUCUACGGGUUUGGCACCUCGCCGGGGCGUUAUGAGCCGAACGUGGUCCUGACGCUUACGGAGUACACCACCAUCGAAGCGCUGGAUGAGGCCCUCCUCGCGAGCCAACGGGCCCUGACCCGGUUGCUGUCCCACUUCUCCCUCAUCUGGCGCACCCCUUCCUUCGAAGCGCUCCCCAGGACCGCACUCGUCCGUCAGAUCGCGCGACUCGGGAGCUGUGAGAGCAGAGAGAUAAGGGCGCAGCUACUAGACCUGGCCAUCGACCACAGCAUCCUCGAUCAGUACCCGAUGGACGUCCUCCAGUGCUACUGCGUGAGCCAGGGGAUCGCCCCCGAACUCGGCUGGGGCGCGACCAAGGCCGAAGUCAUCCUCGCCAUUCUUCACCACAACCACAAUCACAAUUAG